AUGCAUCGAUCAAUCGCAUUCACGAUGACACUACCUGUAUCAAUGGAAGAUACUGAGCUUUUUCCAAAGGACGAAUUCUUGAACACAAUUCCUGGGAAGAUUCCCCUAAAAGUGGAAGUCAUACAACAGAUGAGAAGCACUUUAUCUCGACUAUGGUGGUCUCGAUUAGUCAUUGCUGUUCGUGGUUAUGUCAUCAACUAUGUGCAGGUUGAAGAUUCAGCUUUGUUCCACUGUGAUGAUGCGUUCACUGCAAUUCAUAGAACACUAGCAGAAGAGGAAUGCGAUUACGAAAGAGCCGAUGUGUUUUUGUCGGAUUUAAAUGUUAUCCUUCAAGUACCUCUGAUUUCCGAAAUACUACUUGCUUUAUCAUCUGGAAGGGAAGUCGAAAAUCCUUUUCUUAAUCCGAAAACCAAAGAUGCUUUUCAACGUAUAUUUGGUUUUCCGAACGUGAUGACCUACAAAGUAGCAGAAGGGCAGAAAUGUGCCUUCAUUGUAUUUAUGCGAGUGCUGUGUAUUCUACAAGAGAGAUGGAUAGCAGAGAAAGCAAAGAAGAAAGGAAUAAGAUUUGAAACUGACCCGGAAUGGCAACCGGAUGAUAGAGUAGUUUUAUUUCAACAUUUCUUCCAAGGUAACCGAACAUGGGUCUUGUUAGAUUUCGACAGAUACAUCUUAUCCCAGUGGAGACCCAAAGGAGCAUCUAUCAUCUUCGGUGACAGUUUUGUGGCUAAGAAACAACGACUGGGAAUGAAACUGUGUACUUAUUGUGGAAUGAUAGAACAGAAAGUUGACCAAUUCCCAGAACAGGAUAAGAAACCUUUCUGUUCACCUGAAUGUUUGGAAGCAGUCUACGGACAACUCGGGCCUACCACAAUAAAGAUCUGA